AUGGCUUUGGUCAAGAGGGUCGAGUUCGUGGAACGGGCUGACCUGGGCUCUGAUUUGUUCUUAGUCUGGGAUGGCCUAUUCGGCGAACAUCGACAUUUUGUGGCGCUUCUCGGAACGUCUGUGCCUAGGACGGUUCGGGGGUGUUACAGAUGGCGCCGUCCAAGCCGGGAAGCUACGUCCCGCGUCCGGCCAAUCCAUUUCCCGUCCGACCAUAGCAGCCGACCACGAAUCCGUCCGGCCACGACCGUUCCGAUCGUACUAAGAGCGGCCAUGACCCGAUCAUCCGGCCGAUCGUCCCGACCGACCGUCCGAACGCCGCGGUCGACCCGAAGCCCGUUUUGA